AUGCGGCUUGGAAAAUCUUCCUGGGAGGCCACUGCUGCGGCGAAGAGGGCAAAUACCCAUGCCAAAAUCCCUCGAGACUGGCUGCUCGAGAAGUCAGCAUUAGAAAAAGCAUCAAGAGAGAGGAAUUUAACGGGGCAAUUCAUUGAAGGACACCUUUCGACUGAUGAGAUCUUGAUAACCAAUCGUCCUGCGACUUCUCUUGUGGCUUUGAUCCAGGCAGGAAAAUACAGUGCUUUGGAGGUUACUCGAGCGUUCUGCAAGAGAACAGCAAUUUCGCAGCAAAUUAACAAUUGUCUGCACGAGAUUUUCUUCGACCAAGCAUUCCGGCGAGCAGAAGAACUAGAUGCCUACUAUGAUCAGCACAAAACCACUAUUGGCCCUCUACAUGGCUUACCUAUCAGUCUCAAAGAUCAAUUUCACGUUCGUGGUAUUGAUACCUCCAUGGCAUUCAUUGGAUGGCUUGACACAUAUGAAGGCAGCAAAGACCCUAGAUUAGUACAUCAAGUUGACAGUCAGAUUGUAUCUGAACUUUUACGAUUGGGCGCUGUCCUUUACUGCAAGACGAGUCUAGUACAGACACUUCUAAGCCAUGCUUACAUGAGAUCAAAGUAUGGGGAGACAAUAAACAACCUGAUUGGAACUACCCUCAAUCCUGUCAAUCAAAGGCUGUCGUGUGGCGGGUCAUCCGGAGGAGAAGGAGCCCUGUCGGCAUUGGGCGGCAGUCCCUUGGGACUCGGCACAGAUAUUGGUGGCUCUGUGAGAAUUCCAGCGGCCUUCUGUGGUAUAUUCUCGAUCAAGCCGACGCCUGGUCGAUUUUCAUACCGUGAUGUAGCCAAUGUGACACCAGGUCAAACGACGUAUUCUUCAGCGGUAGGCUUCAUGAGCUCAACACUAGACGCCCUACAUCUAAUCAUGAGUUCCGUCUUGUCAAUAUCACCUUGGCUUCGUGACCCAUACGUUAUGCCAAUUCCGUGGCGUGAAAAAGAUGUCACACGGACGCUGUCAAGAGCAGCUGCAAAUGGGAGCUCUGACAAUGAGAUGCCUUUGAAGUUUGGCAUAUAUUGGAACGAUGGCGUCGUUACGCCUCACCCACCAAUACAAAGAGGUCUCCACAUGGUCGCAAAUGCGAUCAAGAAAGCUGGCCAUAGGGCACGUUUUGAAAACAGCCCUUACCUUUGCGACUAUUUUAACCAGAAUGCUAGAUAA